UCUCACUUCUAAAGGAAGCACUGCCCCUAAGCAAAUCCCAAUGUAUCGAGCUGAUUCUACCACGGAUCACUUUAAGUCUGGGAAGUAUUCACGGAUUAUAUAUAUAUAAAAUAAAUUCGUUGUUCCAUGCUGUCCAUCAGAAUACAACGAUUCGGUAAAGAAUGAACUUUGCUGGUGUAGAGCUCCCAGGCACACGUCCAGGAUUGAGAGCUGACAGAAAACUCUCAUUGUUCUUCUGCUGAGUAAGCUCCUUCCGUUAAGACUUCCCAAAAACUUCUGCCUGCCCUUCAUCCUGUCAACAUCCAAAAAGCCCUCAGCCAUCUGCUGGGGCAAAACAGCGUUGCCAUGGAUACAGAGUCCACCUACUCUGGCUACUCAUACUACUCAGGCCGGUCGAGGGGAUCUCACAGACAUGGAGAGCGUAGCCGGGACCGCCACAAAUCCCGCAGUAAGGAGAGCAGUCGGUCAGAGAAGUCUGUCACUAUCAACGCUCCACCAGCAGAGCCAUUGUUAGGAGAACAGUCAGUGCGAGGAGAAGAGGUUCAGGAUGAUAACUGGGGUGAGACUACGACAGCUGUCACUGGCACCUCAGAACACUCUCUAUCUCAGGAGGACAUUGUUCGCAUCAGCAAAGACCUCGACGACAGCGUGGGCCUGGACUGCAAACGUUAUCUAAAUGUGGCUCUGUCUGUCAUCCUGGGACUCGUGGUUCUUCUGACUCCGCUUGCCUUCCUUAUCCUGCCUCACCUCCUCUGGCCUGAUAGACUGAGAACCUGUGGAACGGCCUGUGAAGGUCUCUUUAUAUCUGUGGCAUUUAAACUGCUAAUUUUGUUGUUGGCAGUGUGGGCUCUAUUCUUCAGGCCACCUAGAGCUGGUUUGCCAAGAAUCUUCGUCUUUCGAGCCUUAUUAGCCACAUUGGUGCUACUGUUUGUGCUUUCCUAUUGGUUGUUUUAUGGAGUACGCAUCCUGGACUCACAGGAUGAGGACUACCAAGGGAUUGUGCAGUAUGCUGUUUCACUAGUGGACGCUCUGCUCUUUAUCCACUACCUGGCCAUUGUGCUGCUGGAGCUCAGGCAGUUACAGCCGUUCUUCUCUCUGUGUGUCACACGCUCCACGGAUGGAGCAACACAACACUAUAACUUGGGUCAACUCAGCAUCCAGAGGGCAGCAGUGGUUAUCUUAGAGAACUACUACAAAGACUUCCCUGUCCAUAACCCUGCGAUGCUAACAGCCUCCAAGUCCCGCGCCGCCAAACACCUGGCAGGCCUCAAAGUCUACAACGUGGAUGUCUUUCAAAUGAAACUGAAAGCUUACCUUUUGGACAGUCCAGGAGGGAAUAAUGCAGCUGCUGGUAUAGCCCAGUCUCAGUCUCGAGCAAUGAUUGCUGCUGCUGCCCGCCGCAGAGACAGCAGUCAUAACGAACUCUACUACGAAGAGGCCGAACAUGAGAGACGUGUCCGCAAACGCAGGGCUAGGCUGGUGGUGGCAGUGGAGGAGGCAUUUACACACAUUUGUCGCAUGCAAGAGGAGGAGCAGAAGAAGGCAUCUGGUGACGUGAUGGACCCACGUGAAGCGGCUCAAGCCAUCUUUCCUUCCAUGGCCCGAGCACUGCAGAAAUACCUCCGUACCACCAGACAACAGCACCUCCACAGUAUGGAGAGCAUACAGCAGCACUUAGCCUUCUGCAUCACAAACAACAUGACACCCAAGGCAUUUUUGGAGAGUUAUCUGACCACAGGCCCUACACUGCAAUAUGGAAAGGACCGCUGGCUUGCUAGGCAGUGGACCCUUAUCAGCGAAGCCUCAGUUACCAGUGGUCUAAAAGAUGGGACCAUUUUUCUGCUCAAAUGCAUUGACUUUAGCCUAGUGGUCACUACCAAAAAGAUACCUUAUAUUCAGCUUGCUGAAGAAUUCAUCGACCCAAAGUCACACAAGUUUGUGCUUCGACUGCAGUCUGAGACUUCAGUUUAGAGAUUUAUUUUUUUUCAGCAAAAACUUAUUUUCU